CUGCAAAUAUUCAACAUUAGUGUUCUUUUCUUUGACCCAUAAUCCCCAACAAACAACUAAUAUCCACAUAUAAAAGAUUUGUCUUUGCCUUCAAUCCUCCAUUAAUAAGGGCCUAAAGAUUUCACAUUGUUGAUUCUCUUGUAACAAAAUGGGCAACAGUUUGGGAGGAAAAAAGAGAGCAAAGGUAAUGAAAAUCAACGGCGAAAUUAUAAAAUUCAAGACACCAGUGAAUGUUGGUGAGAUAACGAAGGACUAUCCGGGUUACGUUCUGUUAGAGUCCGAAGCUGUAAAGCAUUUCGGUAUUCGAGCAAAGCCACUGGAGCCGCAACAAGAGCUGAAGCCGAAGAGGCUGUAUUUUCUAGUAGAGUUGCCAGAAUUCCCACAAGAAAAGGGUGCGAGGAGAGUUAGAUCCGGCAUUCAUAUGAGUGCCAAGGACCGGCUCGAAAGCCUAAUGUUGGCGAAAAGAUCGGUUUCGGAUCUCUCGAUCAUGAAACCAUCUAGCAUUGCGUUUGAGGAGUCGGUUAGAAGUUCGGAAGAAAAUGGUGCAAUGAGGCUUAAGAUGAGACUUCCCAAGGCCCAAGUAGAGAAGUUGAUGAUGGACAGCAGAAACGGCGCUGAGAUUGCCGAGAAGAUAGUCAAUCUUUACAUGGUCAACAAAGUGGAUGGCGCCGGGGCCGACGCCGGCAGCGGUACAGCGGAACCUAAAAAGGUCCAAAAGAAUCCAUUAUUGAAGCAACAUGUGCAAUGGAAGAAUGAUGAUGGAAUCGUAAAAAAUGGUCUCAAAUCUCGCGAGAAGCACGUAGGAUUCUUGCCUGUCAGAGAAGGAGAGAUCCAACUAGCUGUUGCCUAACCACCCGGAAAAUUCACUUUGAAAAGUCUAUUUUAUGUAUAAAGUGAAAUUUCUUGUAGUGACUUCAAGAUAAAGUAUAUCGGCUUUCAAAAUUCUAGGUACAUUGAAGUUAUCAGAAAAUGCUUUUGAUAUAGAAUUCUGCUGAUGCAAGGAAGGGCUAUUAAGAAGCUGAGAGUUAAGCUUAGUUUAAUUAUGAGAAUAGUAGGUUUCUUAGAUUUUUUUUAUUUUUAUUUUUUUUAAUGUGUAAUUCUAUUUGCUUCAACCGAUCCUUGAGAUCAUGCUGUCAAUCUUAUUCAAGAAAUGGGAUCGAGUUGGUUUAUAAAAUAUUCGACGUUCAAGAGGAGAAAAUAGCAAGCA